UUUUUGAUUCCUUGACUAUAUCUUACAACCUAAAUAAAAACCAGUUGUCUUGUUGCCGCUAAUUCGCCUCAUUGGCUCCACAGGGAGUCAAAAUUUGCGUCUCCUUCAUACUCUCUGCAACAUAAAUUGCUGCUUUUCAGUUUUCUCCAUUGAUUGAUUAACCGUUACUUUUGUUUUCUUCAUCACAUCACAGUACUCAAAUUCUCAUUCCUCUAGAAACCCUACUCUACUCUACUCAUGGGUGAAAGCUUGUUGAGAUUGGUGUUUUCAUGGUCCCUUGAGGAUGUACUCAACGAUGAUCUUUAUAAAGACAAGGUGAGGCAGAUUCCAAGGACAUUCUCGUCAGCAAGUCACUAUCUAACCUCAUUUAUUAAUCCUCUUAUUGAGGAAACUCGGACAGAUUUGUGCUCAAGCAUUAAGACGGUGUCACAAGCUCCAGCAUGUGAAAUAACUGAAAUUGAUCUUUCUGAAGGUUACAAUCCUCCAUAUGAUUUGUUUUACAAGAUUGAAAUCAAAACAAUAGUGAAUAGUGAUGAAAAAGAGGAUAUUUACGAGCCUGAGCCUGGACAGCUAAUUGCUUUGACUGAUACAAGGCCCACAUGCAUUGAUGAUUUGAACAAACCGGGAAAUUCCUAUUUGAUUGCUUCAAUUACAAGGGUACAAGAGAAAUUAAAGGACACAGAUGUUUAUGCGGUUCAAAUACUAACCUCAAAGCCCAUUAACUUAGACGAGUACUUGCGAAAGGAUGACACAUGUAUAUAUGGUUUUGCUGUCUAUCUUAGUAACAUAACAACAAAUACUCGUAUAUGGAAUGUACUGAAAAGAAAUCCAGAUGGCCCAGACUUGCAUAUCAUCAAGCAACUGCUCCAACCUAAUUCUGCUGUUGGAGAAAACUGUGCUAAAUGUUUCUCUAGUGAAAGGUACGAUAUUGACACAUCGAACCUUGGUGCUGUUAUCCGCUCAUUUGAUUUGAACAAAGCUCAAGAAGAAGGAGUUAUAAGUUGUAUAGCUGCAAGGGAAUGUUGUCACAAAAAUACUGUGAAAUUAAUUUGGGGCCCUCCCGGGACAGGGAAAACUAAAACAGUCGGCUCAUUGUUAUUUUCCCUUCUCAAAAAAAGGUGUGGAACACUUACUUGUGCCCCAACUAAUGUGGCAGUACUGGAAGUGACAUCUCGGUUUCUUAGGCUAGUAAUGGAGUCCCUUGAAUUUUUCACUUAUGGCCUUGGAGACAUAAUAUUGUUUGGUAACAGAAAGCGGAUGCGUAUUGUUGAUCGUGAUGAUCUUCUUGAUAUAUUUCUUGAUUACCGUGCCAAAAUUCUUUCCGAGUGCUUUGCACCUUUGUCUGGUUGGAAACAUCAUAUAGAACGAAUGAUAUGGUUACUUGAAAACCCUGAAAAAUGCUACCAUGAAUAUUUAGUGUGUGAGGUAAAGAGGGAUUAUGAGAUAGGUGAUGAUGAUUGUUUUAAAGAAAAGAAGGAACUUCCUGCCAUUGCAAGUCAACAUAAAAGUCAGGAGCAAAAUCCGUGGAAGAGGAUAGUUGAUAAAACUUUAAGAGAAAACAGGUUGUGUUUUAAGGAGGAAAACAAAAGUAAAUACGGCCAACAAGAGAAGAAGGGUUUUGUUAACUACGGGAACAAAACAAAAAAAUUGACAUUUCAUGAGUUUGUCAAGAAAGAAUUCAAUUACAUUAGGAAGUUGAUGAGAAAAUUUGCUGUCAAUAUGUGUACUCAUUUGCCAACUUCUUUUAUUAAGUUAAGAGUAGUGAAAAGUUUAUUUGAAUGCCUUGAUUGGCUCAGAGACCUUGCAACGGUGCUAUCAAACAAUUCCAUUUCUGAUCAAAUAUUUAAACAUGCCCUUACUACACCUUAUGCUGAUGAAAGUAGAGUUAGUUUGUCUACUUGGGAGUAUAAGCUGGGUACGACCAGGAAAGAAUGCCUUAAAAGACUGAAAUCUCUUCGAGAUACGUUGAUUCUUCCUGAUUUUUUCGAUGAAAAUACAAUUAAAAGCUUUUGUUUCAAAAGAUGUCGCAUGAUUUUUUGUACUGCUGCAAGCUCUGCUAGAUUGCAUGCUGAAGAACUUGACAGGCUAGAAAUGUUGGUUGUUGAUGAAGCUGCCCAACUAAAAGAAUGUGAGUCAAACAUACCUUUACAACUUCCUGGUCUUCGCCAUGUUGUACUUAUUGGAGACGAGAAACAAUUGCCUGCACUAGUCAAAAGUGAGAUUUCUGAUAAGGCAGGAUUUGGGAGAAGUUUGUUUGAAAGGCUGGUUCUUUUGGGUCAUAAAAAACACCUUCUAAAUGUUCAAUAUAGAAUGCAUCCAUCCAUUAGCUUGUUUCCAAAUAUGGAGUUCUAUGACAAUCAAAUUUUGGAUUCUCCAAGUGUACGACAAAGAAGCUACGAGAAACAAUUUCUACAUGGAGAUAUGUUUAAGUCCUACUCUUUCAUAAAUGUUGCUUUCGGACAAGAUGAACUGGAUGAAGCAACUAGCCGAAAAAAUAUGGUGGAAGUAGCUGUGGUAUCUGAGAUUGUUCUGAACCUUUUUAAAGAAUCAGCUUCAAGAAAACAGACUGUUAGUGUCGGUGUUAUAUCACCAUAUAAAGCUCAAGUUGAUGCAAUCCAAGAUGCACUUAGAAAAAGGAUUGGUGGUGAUGUUGGUAAUAACUUUUCUGUGAAGGUUUCCACUGUUGAUGGUUUCCAAGGUGGUGAAGAGGAUGUGAUAAUAUUAUCCACUGUCAGAUAUAAUACCAUGGGAUACGUGGGAUUUAUUUCGAAUGCUCAAAGAACUAAUGUUGCUCUAACAAGAGCAAGGUAUUGCCUUUGGGUAGUCGGUAAUGGUGAAACUCUGAUGAAUAGUGGCUCUGUUUGGGAGAGACUAGUUCGUGACGCUACGGCUCGAGGGUGUUUUCAUAAUGCUGAUGACAAUGAGAGGUUGUCCCAUGCUAUUGCAACUGCCAUGAUUGAGCUUGGUCAAGUUGAUGAUCUAUUGAAUACAAAUUUUCUGCUCCUUAGAAAAGCAAGGUGGAAGGUUUUCUUCAAUGAAAAUUUUCGGAGCUCCAUGGAAAGAAUGAAGGGCACUGAUCUUUGCCAGAAAAUAUGUUCCAUGCUGAUGCAACUUUCAAGUGGUCAGCGUCAACCUGACCACGAGAUAAAUAUUGUAGUUGUAGAUGAUACUUCUUCCCAGCUGUUGGAGCUGUAUAAGGUCAAUGAGUUGCUUUAUCUAGCAUGUACUGUAGACAUUCUUGAGGAGAACUCGCGUUAUGCUCAGGUUUUGAGGAUUUGGGAUGUUUUGCACUUGUCUGAGGUAUCCAGGUUGGCAGGGGAUAUUAAAAUCUCAUAUAGGAAUUAUUAUCCAGAUGUUCUUGGAUGGUGCAAAUUCAGGAGUUAUGAUGGGAAUUUUGUCAAUCCAGUAAUAUGGUCAGCUAAUUUAAAUGAUCCAACCAAUUAUAAUCCGCCCCGAGCUGAUCCUUCUGAGUUUCUAUGUAACGAACUUGCUUCCCUCGGACUGAGGGAUGUUUCGAAUUAAUCGGUUCAAUCCGAGAUUCCAACUCGACAUGAUAAACAAGAAGCAUUUGGUAGGAUGAUAUUGAGAUUCUCAAUUUGAGAAGUGUAUAGUUUAGUAGUUUAUCUUUAUAAUAUGAAAAAGCAUUUGAUGGGGAAAUAUAUUUUAAUCACUAUUUUGUAAUUAGUUUUGUGGUGAUGUCGACAUUAAAUUGAGCGUAAGAGAAUUAAUUGAAAGUGGAAACUAUUUAAUGUUGACAGCAAUAUAUGACUAUUUUUAACAGA